AUGACGAGUGACUGGAGCAAGCUCACAGUCGUUGACCUACGUCAAGAGCUCAAGCGCCGCGGGCUCUCUCAGGCUGGGAAGAAGGCCGACCUUGUCGAACGCUUGACUGUCGACGACCAGGAGGCCCAGGUAUCUCAACGAGAAGGAGACGCGCCCCCAGAGGCGGAGCAGGAGGAGGACAAAGAACAGGACAACGAAGAGGUCAAGGAACAGAACCAGGAAGCAGAGGCCACCAGCGCACAAGCCGUUGAGACCACAGCCGAAGAUGAAACCACAAAGAGCCCCGGCAGCCCUGUCCCGUCGCCGGUGAAAGCUCCUUUGCAAGAACCUCAGCCCGAAGCUCCCUCUGCAUCCCCGGCUUCUGGGCCAGUUGCUCCCGAAGAGAAGACGACUAUUGCGCAUGACGCCACACAAAUAGAACCGGACGUCAAACAAGACAAAUCAAACGAGCCGACAAGGGAGUCCGCUGCAGAAUCUGCGCCCGAAGCAAACAAUAUUCCUGCGAUCAGAAACGACACAACUGAAGAAAAGGAAGAGAAGGUUGAAGAAAGCAACAGCGGAUCUGUACCUGUGGCUCCUGAACUCACUAGCGAUACGCCUAGCAGAAAGCGCAGAUCUCGCAGUCCCCCUCCGGAGGAAGAAAUGUCUAGGAAGCGUGCGCGCCCUACCGAGCAAGAAGACGAAGAUAUACGCAUGAGUGGACUUGAAAGCCAAACCGACGAAACCGUGCUACCCCUCGAUGACGAGCAGGGUGCCAAAGACGCUUCUUACGCCACAAUCCACCCCGAGAUUCCCCUCGCAGCCGACUCAGAGAAAGUUUCUGAGAUGCACGAAGCGCCACAGCACCGCCAAGCUUCCGAGCCGCGCGAGUUGAACGAUGGCGAUCAAGAGGAGGAGUCUCGCGACCGUGUACAGACCGAGGCUGACCUCAAGCAACGAUCCCCCGAACGGGCAGCGCACGAUCGGAGCGCUGUGAAGUACGACGCCGAUAUGGACAUUGACGAGCGAGAUGUUGCCCCCUCCGAACACCCUGCGACCCAAGCGCUAUACAUCAAGAACUUCAUGAGACCGCUCCGCUCCGAAUUUGUUCGUGAAUAUCUCCAAGGGCUCGCCGCGCCCCCGGGCAGCCUGCCGGAUCCUGACUCCAUCCAAGAUUUCUACCUCGAUCAAAUUCGCACCCACGCUUUUGUCAGCUUCACCUCCGUCGCGGCUGCCUCGCGCGUUCGUGUCGCUCUCCACGGAAAGAUUUGGCCUAAUGAGCGGAAUCGAAAGGAGCUGUGGGUAGAUUUCAUCCCUCCCGACCGGGUGAACGAGUGGGCGGAGACGGAGCAGUCCGAAGGCGGCCGCGGCAAUCUCGCCAGGUGGGAAGUUCGCUACGUACGUCACGAAGAGGACGGCAACAUCACUGCCCGCCUCGUCAACGCCGAGCUCGAGCCGACGCCAGCCCUUGUAGCCGCUGCUGCUUCCGGUACCCGCGGAUCAGUAUCCUCCUCAGCACGCGAUCCCCUCCCCCCUCCAGCCAUCCCCUCCGGCCCCGCCUCGGGCCGCCAGCAACAACAUCCCGGCGUCGAAGGCGCGCCCUCAGGCCCCCGUGGCCGUGGCGGCCGCGUGCCCCAGCCCGCACUUACGGGCGACGAGAUGAAGGCGACCCGCACCCACCCGUCGCUGCUCUAUAGGCCCGUUAAUGCCGAGCUUGCGGAGCGCCGUCUGCAAAACAUGCGGUCGUUUUACACCCGCGAUCGCCAUCGCGACAUGGGCCGGGAGGACGAGAUCAACCGGUACACAUUCGAGGACAACGAUUCGUUUGUCGAUCGCGGAAAGGAGGUGUUUGUUGGGAUUAGGCCGCCACAUCGCGAGGCGGAGCGUCGUCGUGGUCGCAUGGGUGGUGGCGACGGCGGUCGUGGCGGGCCACCUCCCCCUCCUUUUGGCCGGUCCCGUGGUGGUGAUCGGUAUCUACCCGGUGGUGGUGGAGGACGUGAUGAGCCGCCGCCGAGGAGAGGCGGCGGUGGCAGUGGAGAUGAACCUAGGUCGAGAUUUGACGGCGCGCCAUUGCCUACGUUUGGAGGUGGACCUCCUAGGAGACGGAGACGCGGCCAUGGUGGUGGUGGUGGUGGUGGAGGUGGCGGUGGGUUCCGUGGUGAUCGAUACUAG